UCCCCGUCGCCAGUCUCCUUUUCUUUUCAUUUUCAGCUUUACUGAUAAUACACAACCUCCAAAAACUUCAAAAAACUCCAAAAAAUCGCAAAAAAUGGAGCCCAAAUCCGAUGACAUAUCGCUAAAAUACUCCCUCCCUUGGUUAAUUCUGCUCCAAGUCGGAGUAAUUAUCACUACACUUUUCCCAAUUUCCGCUUUUAUCAUUGAUAACAAUGUGCAAUUAUCAAAUCCAUGGUUUAUAUCAUUCUCCUUGACAAUUUCUCUUAUCACUGGGCUACUGAUUAUGGGAACCGCAGAGUUUUGCGCGGUGUUCAACAUGAAUCCAAGGUGCCAUCCGGAAUUGAAGGUUUGCUGGUGGAUCUACAACAUACUUCUAGCCAUAGUCACACUGUUAAGAUUUGUACCCCAAAUUGUCAUGCUAUGUCUGGAUGGGUUUGAUGUACAGAUAAUCUACAUCCCAAUGAUAAUAUUCAACACCUCAUCCGCCCUCUCCAUCUCAAUUUGCUUCGGGAAUCUCCUCAUCGAAGACAUUUUCCGUUUCAAAAUCCGUCUCACCAUAAUCCUCGUCACCCUAAUCACCACAAUCACUCUCAAUCUCAUCGAUCUCGUCGUCGCCGCCUUUUUCAUCCAAAAAAUCAAUAAAUCAAUAAGCGAAUCGACGUGGUUCUACGUGUCAUGCGGUCUGCUUACUGUAAUCCCAUUGCUCUUCGGAUAUUUCGUCGCCAAGAUUUUCUUCAAAUUCGUCCAAAUUUGCGGAAAAGGUGUGAAGAAAGCUCCGCGAGUUGAGCAAGUGAUUACUGUAAGCUCAGUGGAAACUGGACCACCUGCCGCUCUCGGAAAUGAUACAAGCUCCUCCAGAGCGCCAGAGUGCAAAAUUUGUGUGCUCCCUUAUUCGGAUAAGGACAAAAAACGAACACCGAGAAUAUUAAUUCGCUGUGGACACACAAUAUGCGAAGAAUGUUGUGAUAAUUUGCUGAAAGUAUCGGUUGAUCAUAUUUUGUGCCCAUUGUGCCGCCAGCAUACUAGUGUAAAAGAAAAAAGCGACCGACUCCCGAAAAACUAUGCAAUUAUGGAAAUGGUGUACUACUGUGAGCUGAGUUAGUGGCGGAUUUGAGGCCGAAAAUU